AUGAAAGACCUUUGUAGUCUUUAUGACAUUAAAUUAACUUUUUCUAGUGUCAGUCAUCCCCAGUCCAAUGGCUCGAUUGAGCGAUUUCACGCCACUUUAUUGGAAAUUAUCAGAUCCCAUGUAUCCGAAAAUCCCGACGAACAUCCCUUCAAUAUUCUUCCCUACGCUGUUCAGUGCUACAAUAGUACUAGAAAUAAAACUACUGGCUUUACACCAUACGAGCUCGUGUUUGGCCACACCUCUGGUCGUCCGCCCGAACACGUAUAUUUAGAAAAAGAAUUGAUGUCCAAGUAUGUUCGAGACAUUCGGAAUAAACUCGAAUAUUACUACAAAAUUGCCCGCGUGAGAACUGACGAACAGAAGCAAAAAGCAAAAAUUCGCUUUGAUAGUAGAGUGUCACCCAAUUUACAAUCAUAUAAAAUUGGCGAUGAAGUCUUUGUGAAACAGUCUCAAAUUUCAAACAAACUUCAGAACAAAUUUGAUGGUCCAUUCGAAAUUACUCAAGUUUUUGAAAAUUCUGCGCUCCUUAAGAACCCGGAAACAAAAAGAAUAAGUAAAGUUAAUUUUGACAGACUGAAACCAUGUUUUGAGACUUAG